AUGAAGAAAUUAUUUGGAAUAGCACUUCUAGCUCUUACCGCUACUGCUCAUUAAUUAUAUGGUACUGAUGAAACAUUGAGACAACCUAGCAAUUCUUACAUUCAAUAAAGGUUAAUGAGUCAAACUGAUUUCUAUCCAAGAGUAGAAAAGAGAAAUAUGAUGAGACCUAAAAGAGAUAACCACAUCAUGCAAGAGUUAUUACUGCCUAAUGUGAACCCAUACGUGAGUUCUCGAGAUAACAAAUGGGAACCAUUUUAAGAUCCAAUCCCAAUGCCAGAGGUUCUUGCUGGUCACUUGAUCGGUUUACCUUAAGAUUACUUGCUUGUGAAGGCAAAUCACUUGAAAGGUAUUCCUCAAGAUUACAUUAUUGUUGAAGCCAGAAACUUACCAUCUCUUGAAGAUGAUAUUUUGCUUUCAUCAGAAAACCACUUAAAAGGUAUUCCCUCAGAUUUCCUACUAGUUAAAGCAAACCAUCUUAAGGGACUACCAUCAGACUAUGUAAUAGUAAAAGCUAACCAUCUCAAGGGAUUACCAUCAGAUGAAUACCUGAAUGUUCAAGACAAUAAUUGGCAAAAUUAUUUAAAAAAUUACCACGAUAAAAAUGGAUUAUUGUACUCUCACAACACCGAUGGUGAUCUUUAUUACUCACCCAAAAUCUAAUGA